AAAUUAUAACAUUUACUUUUCUGACAAACAAAAACAUCAUAAAAAAGCAGACAAGACAAAAGAAUUAAGUCAAAGUGUAAAGAAGGAAAAAUUCUCCAAAACUGUGUUAGUAUUAUUUAUGCAUAUGCAUUAACAUUGUCUCAUUAUAAGGUAAGAAUUGAUUAAUGUAAGAGAUAAGAGUGUAGGAACAGGGAAGUAAAGAAGGCCUGGUACAACUACAACUGCCAAAGGUUCAGGGGUUCCUUGGAGUAGCAUUAAAGACAUAGUUUUAGAUCUUCUUUUCCUCAACACACAUUCACCAGCACUAUCCAAAUGACAAAAAAAUAAUCACUUUUUUGAUGGAGAAAACAAAAAGGAAAUAAGCUUUUAUAAGAAGAAAGUUGCAUUGAUAACUUGGUAACUUUUAGCUGAAAAAAAACACAUGAGUUUUGGUUCUGAGUUUCUUACAAUGUUCUUCAUCAUUAUCACAUUCUUGAUUACUUUAUCAUCACAAAGUACUCACAUUUUGAGUGUUGGUGCUUUAAUCAAUUCAGCUGGAAGUUUCCAUGUUCAUAGUUUACAAGAAAGCUAUUUCUUGAAGGAGAAAAAUGAAGAACAAAAUGAAAAGUUUCAAGUUGUGAAAAUUUCUGGUUUGGAUGAGAAUGAAGUGAAACAUGGUUUUAUAGUUGAAAAGUUUAGAUCUUUACUUGGUUUAAAGAGUUUCCACAAAAGGGUUCAUUCUAAAUCCAAUUCUGAUUCUGAUUCUGAUUCUGAUCAGUUUCUUACACCUUCACCUUCUCCAUCACAAAACAUUGAAGCUGAAGUAGCUCUAGCUCCAGCUCCGGCUCCGGCUCCAACACCUUCUGGAUUAAUCCAUUUUCAUCCUCAUUCUCAUCAUCAAAAACAUCACUUUCAUUGGAACAAUCCAUCUAAAAAGUUUCAUCAUGAUGAUGAUGAUAGAGGAAGAACUAAAAAGAUACUAGUAGCUGUUUUUGUUUCUAUUGGAAUUCUUUCAUUGGUUAGUGUUUUUGGUUUAAUCUUAUUCUGCAGGAAAAAGUUCACAAAUCACAAAAAGAAGAAACCAAAAAGGACAAUGCCUAUAUGUAGCAAAACAAAAGAUAAGGUGAGUUUAAAUAAUCAAGGAUUAGAUCUGUUUUAUCUUGAUGCAUUAGGUGAAGAUAUUGAACAACAAUGUAGUACAACAUUGAAAAACACUAAUGAUGAUGACAAUAAUGUUAGUAGUAGUUCUUUUACUAAGGAAAUUGUGGAAAUGGAAUUAGUAAAGAAAAAUGAAAAUGAUUAUGUUGUUGAUGAUGAGAAAAAUUCUUCAUCUUGUGUUGAUGAAAUUGUUAAUGAAGAUUGUGAUUCUUCAGAAGAUGAAAGUUUUCAUUCAUUUGUUGAUUCACAAGCAAAUUCAAGACUUUCUAAUGCUUCAAUUUGUAGUCUUAGUGAUACACAUUCCUUGGUGUCACCUCAAAAUUCAUUUUCAUUAUUACCAAACCAAACAUUUCCUAGUUCUCCACAAAACUCAAUUAUUGUUACAAACACAAAUGAUUCUCACCAACCACAACUACCAUUUAGUCCAAAACAAAAAGACCAAGAGAUUGAAAAUGAAAAUGAAACCUUUGUUCAACUUCAAUCACCUCCUCCUCCACCACCAACACUGCCGCCUCCGCCGCCACCUACACCACCAUUGAAAAUGCCACUUUUUACUUUACAUUCACUAACAUCUUCAUCUAGAGUUUCAUCUCACUCUCCACUUUCAUUGACUUCUCAUACCUUAUCUUCUCCUAUGAAUUCAGAAUCUUCUUCAAGAUCAAAUCAAAGUCCUGAAAAAGAUUCAUUUUCUCCUUCUCCAUCUCCACCAAACCUCACAAAAUCUCCUCUUGGAAGCAUUCCUCCACCACCAUUUCCACCUCCAUUUCCAAAAGGAAAUAGCAACAAUAAUGGUAAAACACCACCUCCUCCACCAUAUCAAUUCCCUCAAUCACCACUUGGUAAAGAUGGUACACCAUUGGCUAAACUCAAACCACUUCAUUGGGACAAAGUAAGAGCUGCACCAAAUCGUACAAUGGUUUGGGACAAACUAAGAUCAAGCUCAUUUGAGUUGGAUGAGGAAAUGAUUGAGUCACUUUUUGGCUAUAAUUUACAAAAUUCAAUUAAUAAUGAUGAAAGUAAGAGUAAAACACCAUCUCCAGGGAAGCAUGUACUUGAUCCAAAAAGGUUGCAGAACAUAACAAUAUUAUCAAAAGCUUUGAAUGCGACAGCUGAACAAGUAUGUGAUGCACUAAUGCAAGGGAAGGGAUUGUCUUUACCACAAUUAGAGGCACUAGUGAAAAUGGUACCUACCAAAGAAGAAGAGGUUAAACUCUUCAAUUAUAAAGGCAACAUCAAUGAAUUGGGGUCCGCAGAAAGGUUUGUGAGAGCAGUGCUUAGUGUACCAUUUGCUUUUCAAAGAGUUGAAACCAUGCUUUACAAAGAGACUUUUGAUGAUGAAGUUGUUCAUCUAAGGAACUCUUUUUCAAUGCUUGAGGAGGCAUGCAAGGAGCUAAGAUCAAGCAGACUCUUCUUGAAACUACUAGAAGCAGUACUCAAAACAGGAAACCGAAUGAACGUCGGAACAAUACGAGGAGGCGCAAGAGCAUUCAAACUCGACGCUCUACUCAAGCUAGCAGACGUUAAAGGAACAGAUGGAAAAACAACCUUACUCCAUUUCGUUGUUCAAGAAAUCGUCCGUUCAGAAGGAAUAAGAGUUUCAGAUAGCAUAAUGGGAAAAAUAAGCCAAAAAAGUAACAAAAACAGAACAGAAGAAGAAAAAGAAGAAGAUUACAGAAAAAUGGGACUAGAAUUAGUUUCUGGUUUAAGUACUGAAUUGUACAAUGUUAAAAAGACAGCAACAAUUGACUUAGAUGUUCUUGCUAGUUCAGUUUCAAAUCUAUAUGAUGGAAUGAUUAUGAUGAAACAACUAGUGGAAAAUGAGUUACAUGAAGAUGAAAUGAGUCAUAAUUUUGUUAUGACUAUGAAGAUAUUUUUGCAAUAUGUUGAUGGAAAUUUGAAGGAAUUGAGAGGUGAAGAAGAUAGAGUGAUUGCACGUGUUAAAGAAAUAACUGAGUAUUUUCAUGGUGAUGUUAGUAAAGAGGAUAAUCCAUUAAGGAUAUUUGUGAUAGUGAGAGAUUUUAUGGGAAUGUUGGAUAAUGUUUGUAAAGAGCUUAGAAAGUCUAAAGGUUCACGUACUCCAAAUCCUCUUGCUCCUUUUAGAUAGAUUAGAUUUUUAGACUUUACACUUUCAUCUUUACACUUUCAUGUGUGUGUUCAUAGGAAUUGAUUCAAAUUUUCAAACAACUUGAGUGUAACUUUAUUUUAUAGUGCUAUUACCUAUUGUUAUUAUU